GUGGUCGGUCAAAUACGCACACAUUUGCUCCGGAAAAUACAUUACAAUCCGUUCAAUCUGAUCAAAUUAUGUACUUUCACAUGGCAUCGCUUUGGCCUCCUAUCGGCUUGAAAAUAUUACUCCAGAGCUGCCAUUUUUAGAUUUUUGUUUUUUUGUUUUUGUGUUUUUAGAACGAUAUUUAUGAUAAAACAAAGAAGAACAGGGAUCGAUCAUUCGCAGGCUUAAAAAAAUUCCCAAAACGAAACAUACCCAGAUAUUGCAGUUUUUGACCCUAGUGUUGGUACGGGAUCACCAUGUUAAUUCAAGUAAAGUUUAGUUAUUUGCCUGGUAACAUGCUAUAGCUUGUUGGGGAUAGUGGAAUGGAAAGGAGAAGAGUAGAUGAUUAUGAACCAGGGCCAGUUCCUUCACCUCGACCAGUAGAUAAAUUUGGUUUUGUGAAGCAGGAACAAACUAGUCCUCCUGAAGGUGCAAUCAAGAGCAGGUCAGCCAUUGAAUUUGAGAGGGAGGAAAGAAAAGUUAGAAAAUGGAGAAAGAUGAUUGGGGUUGGAGGGAGUGAUUGGAAGCAUUAUGUUAGGCGAAAACCUCAUGUGGUCAAAAGGCGUGUAAGGAAAGGAAUUCCUGAUUGUUUAAGGGGUCUUGUUUGGCAGUUGAUCUCUGGAAGUCGGGAUCUUUUGCUGAUGAACCCUGGUGUUUAUGAGCAAUUAGUAAUAUAUGAGACAUCAGCUUCAGAACUGGAUAUAAUUCGGGAUAUUUCACGUACCUUCCCUUCUCAUGUUUUCUUCCGCCAGAGACAUGGACCUGGUCAAAGGUCUCUUUACAAUGUUUUGAAGGCAUAUUCUGUAUAUGACAGAGAUGUUGGAUAUGUUCAGGGAAUGGGAUUUCUAGCUGGUCUUUUACUUCUUUACAUGAGCGAAGAGGACGCGUUUUGGUUACUGGUUGCAUUACUGAAAGGUGCUGUCCAUGCCCCAAUGGAAGGAUUGUAUCAGGUGGGGCUACCUCUUGUGCAACAGUACUUGUUUCAGUUUGACCACUUGGUGCAAGAGCACUUGCCAAGGCUUGGAGAACAUUUUACUAAAGAAAUGAUAAAUCCUAGCAUGUAUGCAAGUCAGUGGUUCAUAACUGUUUUCUCUUACUCUUUUCCAUUCCAUUUGGCGCUCCGAAUUUGGGAUGUCUUCCUCUUUGAAGGUGUUAAAAUUGUUUUCAAAGUUGGUUUGGCCCUCUUGAAAUACUGCCAUGAUGGCUUGGUAAAAUUACCCUUUGAGAAACUCAUACAUGCUUUGCGUAACUUCCCUGAGCAUGCCAUGGAACCAGAUACACUAUUGCCAAUGGCUUACUCGAUAAAGGUCUCAAGGCGUUUGGAGGAACUGAAGCAUGAGUAUGAAAAGAAGAAUGGAAAAUUAGUUCAGUCUGCAGAAACUAAUUUAAAAAAGCUGCAAUGAAGGAUCUUCUACCUACUACAAUGGUUUGUUAAUCCGUACACUCCAAUUCUUUGUGUCUCUAAUUCUCUGCUUUAUUGUCUAUAUGUGUAUAAAGAAGUGUAGAUCUAAAUGUUUAGGUGUGUGUGGUGGGCUAGUUCUGCCAAGCACCUUGCUUAAAUUCAGUGAGAAUGUAAAGAGUUGUGAAUAAUAAGAAUUGCAUGCAUGUUCACAA